UGAUCAUUUAUAAUGUAUUCAAAUUAAAACAAGUAAUUGAAAUACAUUAGACAAUGGCUAAUCAGGAGGCAGAGAAGGUGUUGAAAACAUUGAAAUCUGCAUUAGAGACCAAUGGAGGAAAAGAGAGAAAGAAAGGAGCAAAAUUAUACAGACGAAGGAUAGAAGAGGGCAGUAUUGCCGCGCCCAACGGGCUCCCAGUCGACGGGGAGCCCGCUUAAAUACUGGUGACAUAACGAAAAACAUAGACUAAAAUUCAUUCUGAUUGUAAUUCAAAUAUUUAUAGCAUCCAACCCGGAAGCCAGCCACACCAAUGUGUCGGAGGAAACACCGUGCACCUGGCAACCUUGGCUAGCGUGCACUGCGCCCGGCCCGCCACAGGUGUUGCUGGUGCGCGAUGAGACAAGGACAUCCCUACCGACCAAGCACUCCCUAACCCGGACGACGCUAGGCCAAUUGUGCAUCGCCCCUUGGACCUCCCGGUCGCGGCCGGUUACGACAGAGCCUGGGCGUGAACCCAGAGUCUCUGAUAGCACAGCUGGCGCUGCCGUACAGCGCCCUUAACCAUCCGGGAGGCUGAGACAUGAUAUCUUAAAGGGGUACACUCACAUAUGAAAUAUUACAAGUUUUUAUUUUCUGAGUCUUAAUUAAAUAGGUGAAAUCUUUUGAUAAAGGAAUGUUGUUUAAUAUAGUAAAAAACACUUCUUUGGGGGGGUGGUAUGAGACUUAUGACCUCCAUUGUAACUUUCCUUUGUGGUCUGAUCAGCCUCAUUGGAAAGCCAUUUGGAUGGAGAAUCUAGGGUCAUUUGCAAUACUGAUAUUAAGGUAAUUUAAUACCAAAAGGCAGUGAAAAUUACAUUAUAGUGUCAUUAUAUUUUCUCUGAUGAAUGUGGUGUGAAAAUGAGCUAGGAUAAGUUUUAAUUAUGGUAGACUCAUGUUAAGUAUUUGGGACAUAUUUUGAGCCAACAGGGCUGGGAAGAAAUUGAGAUAUUUGUGUUUGGUUUUAACACCUGUGUAUACGAGGGUGCCAGUGUACCUGUGUAAUGGGGGAGGGUGUCCAUAUGGGGAUUACAUGAUAACCAAUUUAGGACAGUUCUGGGAUUGGAGAAGAGGGUAUCCUUAGAGCAUAGGGGAUCCCACAAAGGUGGAUAGUUUUUCCAUGAUAUGGGGGAAACCUGGGAGCACUGUUGAACUCUGUAAAGGUGAUGACAUCCUACUAACCAUCAAAACUAUUAAGCUCUCUGAUGCAGGCACUUACACCCUCGGACUACAAAGGACCGGGACAGACACGAUGGGUGUGUUUUCUAUUAAGGUGCUGCCAAAACCACAGAGGUCCCAGACGAACUUGAGCCAGACACACUCCUCUUCCACCCCUGGACCGAGCCUGCCACCCACCACCACUGUGUCAAAUCCCAUUCAGGUAAUUAACGUUAGAGACUAUUCAGCUAUUGAUCAAUUAGGCACCGAGACUGGUUUUGAUGGUAGGGACAAUUUGUGGCUGUCUUAUAUGAGGUAUACAGCUAAGACCCUGAAAAGAAAGGACUGCAUUGUAUGUGGUCAUGCUAGACCUGUUCUGGCUACACACCCAUUUGCUAUAGGAGAAGGAGAGGGGUGCUUGUGUAUUCUGAGAAGUUUUUACCAGGAUAAGCCCAAUUCAACCCUCUGUUCCUCUUUGAGCCUUGUGUUUCCUACAAUAUCUCCUCAUCGGGCCCCUUGGGGUGUUAAGGCAUAUGGGGGCAAUUACAGUUGCAUCACGGGUACAGGUAGUGGCAUGGACUAUGGGAGAUUGCCUGAAGCUGAUUGCAGCAGUAACAUAACCAUUAAUGUCACUUGGCCAGGUGCAGGUCUAAACCAAACUAGUGGUCUGGCUGAUGUGUGGUGGAUAUGUGGACCCAAAAGAGUACUGAGACCCAUUCUUAGAGGAGACUGGCAAGGUACGUGUGCUCUGACCAGUUUGAUAAUUCCACUGACCAUUGUUGAUGUUACUGCUGAACAGCUGUUGGGUUCUGUAUCCAGGGGGCCUGAAACAUUCCAUCCCAUGGGAGACAUAGACGUAGUGCUCCAUGGACGGAGGAUGUAGUUGACAGCCUCCAGUAUUUAAGCUGCAGUAGUUUAUGUGUCUGGGGGCUAGGGUCAGUUUGUUAUAUCUGGAGUACUUCUCCUGUCCUAUUCGGUGUCCUGUGUGAAUCUAAGUGUGCGUUCUCUAAUUCUCUCCUCUCUUUCUUUCUCUCUCUCGGAGGACCUGAGCCCUAGGACCAUGCCCCAGGACUACCUGACAUGAUGACUCCUUGCUGUCCCCAGUCCACCUGGCCGUGCUGCUGCUCCAGUUUCAACUGUUCUGCCUUAUUAUUAUUGACCAUGCUGGUCAUUUAUGAACAUUUGAACAUUUUGACCAUGUUCUGUUAUAAUCUCCACCCGGCACAGCCAGAAGAGGACUGGCCACCCCACAUAGCCUGGUUCCUCUCCAGGUUUCUUCCUAGGUUUUGGGCUUUCUAGGGAGUUUUUCCUAGCCACCGUGCUUCUACACCUGCAUUGCUUGCUGUUUGGGGUUUUAGGCUGGGUUUCUGUACAGCACUUUGAGAUAUCAGCUGAUGUACGAAGGGCUAUAUAAAUACAUUUGAUUUGAUUUGAUUUUACAUACACAAUAAUCUGUUGGGUGUGCCGGUGGGGGUUCCUCAUGAGUUUCAGGCCUUGGGUAGGAAUGAUGGACUCUGGCACUUACUACCUAUUAUAGGUCCAGCCAUAGUGGAUGCAAGACAGACUGCAUGGAUAAAUUAUAUCUACUAUAAUCAACAGCGUUUUGUGAAUUACUCCCGUGAUGCACUCACUGGUAUGUCUGAACAGCUGGAGGCCACAUCUAGGGUUGCCAGACAGAAUAGACUUGCUUUGGAUAUGCUUCUUGCCAGUCAGAGGGGUGUCUGUAAGAUGUUUGGUGAACAAUGUUGCACGUUUAUUCCUAAUAACACCAGUCCAGAUGGUAGUAUAUCUAAGGCCCUUAGUGGGCUUGAUGCACUAUCUGCUGAGAUGAGGACCAUGGCGGGGGUGGAGGAGUCUGGACUGUUCUCUUGGUUGGGAGCCUGGUUUGAAGUCUGUUACAGAUGUGAAGGCUUCAGGCAUGAUGCCUUUGCUUGAUGCUCCAGUUGGAGAUGCUGAUACUGAAUCAAGCUUUCAGGG